GGGCUUUAAUUUGUUAAUAACUGAUAUAUAGUAAUAAUAAACGGACGAAGUUUGACAAACGUAGCUGCGUGAUGAUCAUCAAUUCGCAACAUUGCACCGAUCACAUCAGGUUUAAAUCACGUGACAAUCAGCACACUCUUUGAUCUUGUUGUCAGUCUUGAAUUUAGAUAAUAUGAUAUCCAACGUAUAUAAAACUUUCAGUCGUUCCACGAGAGUGAUACGUAAGUUUGUGAUACAGCAGAACGUGUGGAAUCGGCAACUAUCAUCAAUGGCUAACAAAGUUCGUCAGAUAGAGGAACGAAAGGUUAAUGUGAACGGUACGGACAUAAAUUACGCCAGGGUCGGCACGGGUGAUCAUCCAGUAUUGUUGUUGCCAGGCGCACUAGGAACGAUUUGGACUGAUUUUAAGCCGCAGCUUGAGAAUCUUGACGUGGAUAAGUUGGUUAUAGUGGCGUGGGACCCACCCGGCUAUGGAAAAUCGCGACCACCAAACAGAAUAUUUUCGAACAAUUUUUUCCAGCGCGAUGCCGUUUAUGCCAACAACCUAAUGAAGACUUUAGGCUAUAAGAAAUUCUCUUUAAUCGGAUGGAGUGACGGUGGUAUCACGUCGCUUUUUCUUGCCGCCACGUAUCCCGAGAGCGUUUACAAGAUGGUUGUUCUGGGUGCAAACGCGUAUAUACAUCCGAUGGAAAUCGAUUUUUAUAAAAAAGUCAAAGACAUCAACUCGUGGUCAGAGAAGAUGAGAACACCUAUGAUUCAAGCAUACGGUGAGGAUUACUUCAGGAAGACUUGGUCUGAUUGGGUAGACGCCACGCUAAGGUUGUACGAGAAGCAGAACGGUAACCUGUGCAAACAGGUUUUAUCGAAGAUAAAAUGCCCGACGUUGAUCGUUCAUGGGGCCAAAGAUGCGAUGGUCCACGCGGAACACUCGCAGUACUUGAAGCAAAACAUUGCCAACUCAAAAUUGUAUAUAUUUGAAAAGGGCGCACACAACCUUCACUUGAGAUAUGUCGAGGAGUUCAAUAAGCUGGUGAUGGAUUUCCUCAUAGAACAAUCGAAGAUUUAAUGCAUUCAAACAGUGUGAUAAAUGUUUUAGAUCUAAAAUUAGAUGCAAUCAUCUAAUUAAAAUUAAAUGUAUAUUACAAGGUAGUUUUCAUUAUGGUGAUAUUUCUUUAUGAUAAGAAUGAUAUUAAACGCUUGUGUACAGCUUUAUUAA